AUGGCAGUACGGAGAAAUCAGCCUCGGCAGCAGGCAGCCCAAACCUCUCAGACAGCACCCUCGGCAUAUCGCCAAACGGAUGCUCUCACAGAAUUCCAAACAAGAAGACUGAACAAAAGGCUUGAAGAAUUAGAGAGGACGAAUCCGACCGAUAUUCCCGCAUCCUCUUUCGUCCCCGGCAAUGUGCAAGCUGCUGGACUGGCGCAAGUGAACCAACCCCCGAAGAAGAAGCAGACAGCCAAUGUCAGAAGGAUUUUGUACAACAAAAAAUCGCUGAAUGACUGGCUGGAUGAGCUGGUACGCAUGUCUGGUGUCGUCAAUAUCGCGUCUGACUUUGCGUGA